GAUUGGUUAACCACUUACACAAGCGCUUGCACAAAGCAACAACAUUGAAGUUGUGUAAGACAAUUUACACAAUGCAUCAGAAUACAGUAACAUCUUCUCAUCCGAGCGCGUCCACAGUUUAGGGAUAGAACACUGCAGUCCUGCUGUAAGCUGAUAGAAGUUCAUUGCAUAUUUAUAGGUUGGAUCAAUUCCAUUUCUAUUCAGAUUGUUGUGAUGAUGCUGCGUUGGUGGGCGGGUCUUCCCCUGCUCCUCCCCCUCCUGGUGCUGUGUGGGCGUGGCUUGGCCCAGAGUUCUGAGCCCAUGUUCCGGUCGGUGACUGAGACAGUCCUGCCUCCUGACAACCAGCACAACCCCACCCAGCUGAACUAUGGGAUGGCCGUUACUGAUGUGGACGGGGACGGAGACCUGGAGGUGGUGGUGGCGGGGUACAACGGUCCUAACCUGGUCCUGAAGUAUGACCGUGGUCAGCGGAGGCUGGUGAAUAUAGCGGUGGACGACCGCAGCUCUCCCUUCUACGCCCUGAGAGACCCCCUGGGGAACGCCAUCGGGGUGACGGCCUGCGACAUAGACGGGGACGGGCGGGAGGAGAUCUACUUCCUCAAUACAAACAACGCUUACUCUGGUCGGGCCACAUACUCUGACAAGCUCUUUAAGUUCCGUAACGGACGCUUCGAGGACCUGCUGGGUGAUGACAUCAACGUGCGCCGAGGAGUAGCCAAUCGGAUGGCAGGACGCUCCGUGGCGUGUGUGGACAGAAAGGGUACAGGGCGUUAUGCUGUGUAUGUAGCUAACUAUGCCAGUGGUAAUGUUGGUCCCCAUGCCCUGAUAGAGAUGGACGAGGCAGCCAGUGACCUGGCCAAAGGCAUCAUCGCCCUGUCUGACGUAGCAGCACAGGCCGGGGUCAACAAGUACACAGGUGGGCGUGGUGUAGUGGUUGGACCAAUCCUGAGCCAGAGCAGCUCUGACGUGUUCUGUGACAACGAGAACGGACCUAACUUCCUGUUCCGGAACAAUGGAGACGGAACCUUCACUGACAUGGCUCAACAGGCAGGUGUGGAGGACCGCCACCAACACGGCCGAGGCGUGGCGCUGGCAGACUUUAACGCUGACGGAAAGACUGACAUCGUCUACGGAAACUGGAAUGGCCAGCACAGACUGUACCUACAGGACAACAACCAGAGAUUCAGGGACAUAGCCAGUGGGCCAUUCUCCUCUCCCUCUCCUGUGAGGACGGUCAUUGCUGCUGACUUUGACAACGACCAGGAGCUGGACAUCUUCUUCAACAACAUCGCCUACAGAGGACACGCCCCCAACAGGCUCUUUAGGGUGGCCAGGAGGGCUGGUGCUGACCCCCAGAUAGAGGAGCUAAACGUGGGGGAGGCAGCAGAGCCACAGGGCCGGGGUACAGGUGCCACGGUAACAGACUUUGACGGGGACGGUCAGUUGGACCUGCUGGUGGCUCAUGGGGAGAGUGCCUCUCAGCCCAUCUCUGUCUUCAAGGUCACUCAGGGCUCGUCCAAUCACUGGCUGCGUGUAAUCCCUCGCACGCGGUUCGGCUCCUUUGCCCGUGGGGCCCGAGUCACGGCCUACACAAAUCAGAGCGGGGCUCUCACACGCAUCAUCGACGGAGGCUCGGGGUACCUCUGUGAGAUGGAGCCUGUCGCCCACUUCGGACUGGGCAAGGACGAGGUCACCGUGGUGGAGGUCUAUUGGCCGGAUGGCCGUUCCGUGGCCCGCCCACUGCAGCCUGGUGAUAUGAACUCUGUGAUGGAGAUUGGCUACCCUAAAGAAGGGGAGGAGUCUGUGCUGACCCCUGAUACCCAGUGUGGGGAAGGAUUCCUUGUCAAGAAUGGCCGCUGUGCAGGUAUAUGAGGGCAGUGAAUGAGAUACCUUGAAGCAACAUAAGAAAUAUGCCUUGUCAUCGAGAUAAUGUAUACUGUCAAAGACAGAUGAUACUCCAUAUUGUUUUACUCAUUUGAACCACAGUAGAUUAUCUCUGUUUUUCUUUGAUCUUUCAUAAGUGUCGUCUUCUCUGUGAAACCUUUUGAUUUUUCUACUUUUCUUUGUUUCUCUUGAAAAUACGUUUUUUUUCCCCUCUUUUUGCUAAUUUAUUAGAAUUAGUUGAAGAAUAAUCAACCAUCCCAAAUAAAUCAAUAAAACAACA